AUCUCUCCUCUUCCUUCUUCUUUUUACUUGAUUUGACUGGACUUAAAUGCCAAAGGUUCAUAAACCCAGAUGGGAAGUUGAAAGCCAAAGCUGAUUUCUUGACUUCUGGAUAUGAUUAGGAAUGCAUGAAAGAAUGGGUCUUUUCAAGUUCUCAAAGGUGCAGAGAGGAACUCAGUUCCAAAAGGUGUAUACUACUGCAGCAGGAUGAUUUAUGCUUUUUCCUUUUUCCAUGCCAAGGUCUGAUGUUGCUCCACUGAAGAGAUUGUGAAGUAACAGAUAGUCACAUCCUAACUCUUAUUGUCAGUGUGUUCACUCAAUACAAUGGAGAAGAGGUUGCCAAAAAGCCCGCUGCCCUCACCUAGAAGUCCUGCCCUCUAUGAAAGUUACAAGUCCGGAUGUGCCUGGAGUCUAAUCCAUUUCUUUGAUUUUCGCCAAAGUCAUUCUAGUGGAAAGCUGAUUUCAGAUAAGAAGCAUGUGAAGAAGAAACAAAUCAUAGAUUAUGAGAACAAAAGGAAUAGGCUUACUUUGCUCAAUAAUGCUGAGAAGCCCCAAGAAUCAGUUGGUGGAGUUGAUCACAAGAAUGUGGUGGUUAAUCCUAGGAGGUCAGUCCUAAAGAAAAUUGUGGAAGAAGAGAUGUCCAUAGAGCAUCAGAGAAAGAACAUUGCCACUGCUAAAGUGCAAGAUGUACUGUCUGAAUCUGAGCUUGUUGGUGAUUCACCAAAGAAAUAUCAGAACUCAAGCAAAAAUUUCAAGAAAUCUCAAUCCAUGCCCGUUGAUGGUUGUAAUGAUGCAGCCAGUAAGGGAAACAGGCAAUCAUCUAAUCAGAAUGUGGCAGAAAAUUCUUUGAAUGGCUUGAUUCCGGCACAAGCAACAGAAGCGAAGGAACAUCCUAAGAAUGGAAAGAAUCACAGUCGUAGGAAGAACAUUGGUGGCAUGAAAAAUGACCAACUUACUGAGAUUAGCCUUCAGGUUCAUAUGGAUGAAGCAGUGGAAGAAUUUAUAAAUAAGAAGUUAAUUGAUGGUACAAAGCUCAGCAGAGGUGGGGCAAGCAACCAGUCAAAGAAUUUCAUAGAAGCAUUAGAGAUUUUAAAUUCCAACAAGGAAUUAUUCAUAAAACUCUUGCAAGACCCAAAUUCCCUGUUGGUGAAACAUAUCCAAGAAUUAAGAGACUCUCAGUCAGGUAAACAGCAGACUCAGUCUUUCUCUGAUGAUAAAUUGUCAGAACAUCAGGAUAAGUGCCUUCACAAGGCAAGCAAGGACUCUCAAUCUUCAGAUACAAUAGUAGUUUUGAAGCCUAACGCAACUAGCUUGCAAAAUGUUGCAAACAGCAGCAAUCAUUGCUCCUCACAGCAUUCUCAUUACAGUUCAAGGAAUAAAGGGGAAAGUGAUCAGCCAGCAUUCUUUUCCUUUGAACACAUGAAGAGGAAGUUGAGACAUGCUAUGAAGGUAAGCAGAAAAGAGCAGAACAAGACAUCACUUGAAGGCGUGCUCCAGAAAUAUUUAUCUGACUUCCAAGACUCAGAAGAAGGUGCUAAAGAAAUCAGUAGGCACAACAUUAGAAAUCCUCCUAAAACCUAUCUUGAUAUUGGAGGAAUGUCCAGGUCUUCUGGUGAUGUAAAGGGAGGAGAUAAAGUAGGUCAAGUAAGAAAUGUCGAAUCAGGCAAUGGUCGAAAUGCAGUUUCAACCAGUGGCAGUGAUCAUAAAAGCUCAAGCUCAGUUUCCAGGCAUUCCAAAGGAAAUGAAUCUAACAUAAAUUUUCCACCUAGGAAACAUCUCUUUGAGAUGUUAAAUGGAAGAAAUGAUGCCUUUUUCAGAAAAGAGACACCGAAAACUGUGGGUAGGAUAAGCUCUUUUCCAGAAUAUGACUUUUUGCCUGCACUUUCUCCUGGAAAGGAAUGGGGAUAUGACUAUUAUUCUGCACAUAUGAGAUUUCUGCCAUACUGCAAUUAUCCUAAUUUUAAUGGGGACAGGUGGAGGGUUCAUAGAGAAAAGAACAGAUACUCAGGUUCUCUCAGGAAGAAAGCAGAGGCUCCACCUCAGGCUAAUAGCAAAAAACCUGAUGAUCAACUGCAAAUGGUUGAUGCAAAGCCAAGCAUUUACAGCAAUACAUCUUCUGUUGCUGAUGUUGUUGAAAGCAUCUACUUACAUGGUGAUGAUUGGAGCCACAGAGCUAAGCAAACGUCUUCAAGUUCAGGGAAAGUUUUGGAAAGAUACUCUACUGUAGACCAAGGAGAAAGUAGCAUUGUGGAAGUGCCUUUUGAGCCAGAUGUGGAUACAUGUCCAGAGAGUCAAACAUUGUCUUCUUCAAUAAAUGGUCAUUCAUCAUUUCCUUUAAUUAUGCAAAGAGCAAAGCAAUGUGAUGGCAUGACAGAUGAAGCAGAACAGCCAAGUCAUGUACCUGUUCAUGAGCCGUUUGUUGUAGAGGAUAUCACUAGCCCACUGAGCACAGUAUGUCAACCAGGAACUCCUUUGGAUCUGAAGAGUACUUUCCAAGAUGAGCAUGGAUCCUUGUCUGAGUCAAUAAAAGCAGUUUUGCAAGUUUCAUGUCCUGAUUGGGAAAAGCUCUCGAUGAAAUAUCACUUGUCAGACCAAAUUAUUGAUCCAUCUUUGUUUGAUAAUAUGGAAGCAUGGCCUGACAAAUCCUUUGGUGAUCCUAGGCUGAUUAUCAGCUAUAUAGACGAAGUCCUUUCAGAGGUUCAUCAAUGUUAUUCUGAAUGCUCCCCUUGGAUUUUGGUUCUCAAGCCAAGACCUCAACCUGUCCUAUUAUCCAGAAACAUGGUUCAUGAAGUGUUGAAACAUGUUGAUUGGCAGCUUCUCUCCCAAUUGCCUCAAGAGACAUUACAGCAACUUGUUGAAAAGGACUUGGCAAAAUCUGGAACAUGGAUGGAUUCUGGAAUAGAUGCUGAAGAUGUUGUCACUGAGAUGGUAGAUGACUUCCUUGAAGACUUGAUAGUGGAAACUGCAAUUGGUUUGCAAACCUUUUUUUUGGCCAACUUGAAGUAGUCUAUUCGGUCUCAUUUGUUUCUUCAAGCAACUUAGGAAAGUCAGUCAUGACCAAGCGACACAACCAAGGGUUGCAUAUUCCUGGUGGAUUCUGAUCAGCCUUGCAAUGGAUAUUCAAUCACCUCAUGUCUUUGUUCUGCUUACCUGCCUGAGCAUGGCUCAGGCCUCAUCUGGGCACUGAUUCAGCGCAUAUUACAAGCUCUGGUUAUACCAUAUAGAUCACAGAAAAUCCAACAGCUUUCUUCAACAGGUUUUAUGCCAUGGUUGCAUUUUCCUGCUCUAUCCUAUAGAAAAGUGAUUCCUAAAUGAAUGAUCAUAAAUCAUACAUAUACCAAUAUUGGCUUACCUUGUAACUUUUAAGUACUUAUCUAGUGCCUUUAAUCUUGGUGUUGUUCAUGUAAACUUAUGCAUGCCAUUCACUCUUUUUGUUAUCAGCCUCAUCCAGUAUUGAUAUUUGAAUUCAAUAUUAAGAUGGAACAAAUGUUGCCAGUGGCCGGUCCGGCAAUGCAAACAGCCAUAUCUGGAAGAGGAAGAAGGCUACUAGAAAUAAAUUGUUCUGUUUGGU